UCGGAAGACUGUGUGAGCACAUAGAAAAAGAAGACAGCCUUUUGAGAACCUCAAUUCCUGCAAAAGAACGUCUUGCAGCCACUCUCCAGUUUCUAGCCAGUGGUAGGAGCUACGAGAAUCUGAAGUUUAGUUGUGCAAUAUCUCCGCAAGCACUAGGAAAAAUCAUACCAGAAACUUGUGCAGCUAUUUUUGAUGUUCUAAAGGAAGAUUUCUUAAAGUUUCCUUGCAAUGAAUCGGACUGGAUGAACAUAGCUGUGGACUUCAAAAAGUACUGGCAAGUUGAAAACUGUGUCGGCGCUAUAGACGGAAAACACAUAGCGAUUCGUCAACCUCCGAAAAGUGGGUCAUACUACUACAACUACAAAGGGUUCCACAGCAUUGUUCUUUUUGCUGUGGUCAAUGCUAAUUAUGAAUUCAUCUAUGUAAAUUGUGGUACUAAUGGAAGAGUAUCCGAUGGUGGCGUACUUAUGGAAACUGAUUUUGGAGAGUUGCUGGAAAAUAAGGAAUUGCACUUGCCGUCACCAACAAGCUUCGAUGACAGGAGAGACGUUUGCCUCCCUUUUACAUUCCUUGGAGAUGAAGCUUUUCCUCUGAAGGAAAAAUCUUAUGAAGCCCUAUCCAAACAAAGGAAUCACCCACGACGAAAAGAUUUUCAACUAUCGGAUGUGCCGUGCUAG